UCAGCAUAAAUUUAAUGGGACGGUAUGUCGUCUUUCUUGACCCGUUAAAAGAGUGACAUUUACAACCGUUUAAACUUAUUUUAACAUUUAAAUGUUCCAAAAUUUACUUGAGGGACAUAUUUGCACUAAUAGUUAAACUUCAAGGGCCAAUAUGUAGCUUUCAUCUUAACCUCACAGCCGCCGCCCUCUCAACCCUCCACCCUCUCAAACCCUCUUUCCAGUCGCCAAAACUUGCCGUCGCCGUCGCCGUCGCUGUCGCCCUUGCAGCAGUCGUCUCCGCCCUCGCAGCAGUCGGCUUCCCCCUCGCCGGUCAUCAGUUUCAACCUUGUGCAAAGGACUUAAUAAAGGAUUAGGGACACUUCUAUCACUCAAUACAUUAUAGAUAUUUGAAUGCUUUUAAUUGUUUUGAAUAGAUGUCAUUUAGAGGGAGAGGUAGAGGAAGAGGAAGAUUUGGAGGAGGACGAGGUGGAUUUGGCUUUGGCUUUGCAAGACAAGAGCCUUUUGUGGAAUUUCCUGAAGUUGAGUUACCUGACCGCAAAGCAGUGAAGGAGGAAAGAGUACUUGUUGUGGGGAAUGCUAAGUUGGUAGCGUUUUGGAAAUCCUCUCCUUAUUAUCUUGAAGAGACCAUAUCAAAGAAGAGUCAGAGCAUGGACGUAGAAAGAUUUUCUGACUGGGGGAAGUCAAAGACCUCGUUGAAACGUGAUGCACUUGGCAAUUUUCUACAACUUAGAUCUUCGAAUUUCCCAAAAGAACUUAUUGCAGGUGCAAAGUGGGAGAGGCCAAAUCCCAAAAAAGUACGAUGGGACCCAAAUUCAGACCUGCAAAAAUGGGAUCUGUUCGAGAAGCUAGAACAGAAGCAUCAGGGCCGAGAAGAGAAAGGACAAAAAGAAAAUAAAGAAGGAGAAGAUGAGGAAGAAGAUGACGAUGAAGAAGCAGAAGAAGCUGAGGAAGACUUCAGUGAUGAUGAUUAUAAUCAGAACGUGGAUUUUGACGAUGAUGACGAUGACUAUAAUGAUAUGGAUGAUGGUGAUAAUGAUGAACCUGAAUAUUAAAGUGCCCACAGAGAAUGUUCCCCUGGUCUUUGUCUCACAGCUGGGUCGCAAGAUUUUGUGAACAUGGAACUAUUCUCAAUGCCGGUGGUUAUCAAAUAUCUCCAACCGGCCAUUUUUCAUGCAAAGCCGCCCUUCUUUUUCUUUUUCUUUUUUUUUCUCAAUGGCCAACUCAUGUAAAUUUCAGUUUUCUUUUUCUUUUUCUCUUUGUUUUUCCCCCUUUUUUAUAACGUCAAAAUGAGGCGUAGACUAGAUUAAUUUAAAAGCAUGGACUCGACGGAAAUGAUUUUGCAUUUA